AUGAGCUCGCCACCGUUGUCUCCGAGCGCCUACGGUUUCUUCCCUUAUUCCUCGGCUCCUCCGGGUCCAUUUCUAUACCCGCCGUAUAACUUCUACUCGUGCGGCUCUCUCCCUCCCCUGCCGUUCAACCACCCCGGUCUCCCACCGCGCCCUCCGGCGACCAGGGCCAAGCACGCCACGUUCCCAUACCAGCCGUUGACUCCGCCUCCUCGUCCGGCCGCCGUCACCAAGGUCAAACAGACCACGGCGACCGGGAUGACGGUGUCGGAGCCGAGGAAGAUGCUGGAGGGCAAGAGCAAGAAGCCGAGGACACCGAGGUCCGCAGAGGAGCCUCCGAGGGCGCAGCGGAGGAAGCCGCUGCAGAGGGCGGCGCCCCUGCCCGCGACGUCGGUGGUCACGGAGGCGCUGGACGACCUGGAGCGCGAGGUGACACGGGGCUUCGUGGAGGACCUGCUGCACGCGCUCGCACCGCCCCCCAGCAGCCUGCCCCUGCCCACCUUCUCCCUCGUCAGGGCGGCCGCCACCAAGGUCCCGGCGCCAUGCACGGUGUAG